AUGAAGUCUCACCAAGCACAGUUCCUAUCUACUGCACCAUUAACAUCCAUACAUUCAACUAGACUUGACACUCGAACUUUUUAUCGCCCUCAAUCAAACAGUAAUAAUAAUUUAGAUUCUUCAUUUACUCGAAAAAAUCUUGAUCAAAGAUUCACAACUAUUAAAAUUCAAGAAACUUUACCUCGUUAUCAAACUUCUAGCAUUUAUUUUGACAAAAUUUUUGCACGACAAACUAUUUAUUCUCGCAGAUCACGAUGGAUCCGCCAAGCAUUCGCAACUAUUAUUAUUAUAAUAGGAUUUAUAGGAUUAUAUUUAAUAUAUACCUUGCUUACAUGUAGCACCAAUUUAACAAAUCACUUUUUAAUAUCUCCACGAGCAAAUAUAAAAGGUCAAAUACUAUUAUAUCGUAUUCUCGGUAAUGACCUUCCUCCAAGACAUAAACCUGGUCAAACAUUAAAAAAUUUACGAUUUAUAUUAGAACAUGAAUCAGAAUUUUUAAAUACAAAAAAAUGGUGGAUACUUAAUAGAAUUGCGAAUCCUGAAUAUGAAAUUGCUAUAAUUAAUCUUUUAAAAUUUUAUAAUCAAAAUUAUAUUAUAAUACCUUUUGAUGAUCAAGAAUAUUUAAAAUAUGAUUUUCGUCUUGAAGAUUUUCCUGAACCCGAUUUUUUUCAUUCAAAUGAAUUCAGGAAUUUUUCUAAAGUUCAUAAAUUAAAGACAAUUGAUUAUAUUUAUUAUGAAAAGAAUUUAUAUGCCAUAAAUAAUGUAACACUCGCUCAUGGUAAAUCACAACAUAAUGUUAGUUGGAUUUUACCUUUCGAUGGAAAUUGUUUUUUAACUCCUAAUGCGUUUGCUGAUAUUCGUUCACAUUUAAAUAAAUGGGGUGAUCAAUAUAAAUAUUUUAUUGUACCAAUGGCAAGAUUGAUAAAUAAUUCAAGAUUAUUAGAUGGACCUGAUACAAGACCUAUUACUCCAGAAGAACCUCAAAUUAUCUUUCGUUAUGAUUCUGAUAAAACUUUCAACGAAACUAUGCGUUAUGGUAGAAGGUCAAAAUUGGAAAUGUUAUGGCGUUUAGGUGUCCCAUCUACAAGCAAAAGUUCUGACAGAUCUUCUUAUCCAUGGGAAUUUCAUGAUUCUUACAAAAGCAAAAGUGUCCAUUACAAAAAAAUUGGUUGGGUUUUUCGUUUAUUUUCCGGUCAAGCUUCACAAGAAUUAAAUAAGAAAGAAGCAGGUUCAUUACGUGCGUAUAAUCGAUUGUUGGCUGUUCAAGAAUUAAUAGAUAGUAUAGAUGAACGAAUUGCUCGAAAAAUUCAAGGCUUUGAUCCUCUUCGACUACUUCUUUAUGAUGAAAAUUUAUUAAGUCAAGCAAGAUUUAAUUUUUGGUUAGAAGUUCCGGAUGUCGUUGAAAUAGUUCAAGUCUUGAUCAAACGUGCUGAUGAGAUAUUAUCAACUACUAUUAAUUUAUUUGAAUCGAUACAUGAUGAUCAAGAAGAUGAGAAUACUCGUGUUAAUUUCAUGAAGAUAAAAAAAAGUUCAUUACACCGACCAGUUGAAUUAAUUACACCUGAUUCAUUUUUUGAAAAUGUAACGACUUUAGCUUUGGCUCAUUAUUUUUCAAAUGAUGAGAAAUAUGCAAUAUGGGCUGCCAAUUUAAUCCGAACUUUUAUUCUUUCUUCUUAUGCCAUUGAAAAUCGAGAUGAUUUUGAUGUAACUACUUCUCAUAAUUCUGAUUUUGAUUCCGAUAACGUUGAAGGUUAUGAUUUCCCAAAUACAAAUAAACUUCCACGAAUUAUCCCAAGAAUUUUUAAUUCAGACUCUUUAUUUUCAACCAAUAUAACCGAUUCAGACCCUAGCUUCUUUUUGGAUGCGUGUAGACUUCUUUAUCGUACAAAUAUAUUUACUCAUAAAGAAUAUAUAAACCUUCGAAUGUUUGCCUUUGAUUGGUUAGAUAUUCUUAUUAAUUCAAAGAUUACGAGAAAACCUGAUCAUCGUAGUAUCAUGCUUGAUCUUCGAAUAUUAUCAUUAGCAGGAUUUGUUGACGAUUUAAGACUUUACCUUCGAAUAGUUAAUCGUGUUAGGAUGCGAAUUGGAAACCAAUUUCAUAUCUCAAGUAAUUCAUCAACACAAGAAAUAAAACAAAAUUAUGAGAUCAUGUUUGUUCAAAAUUUACUUAAUACCAGUAAGAUUAAAUCGUCAGAUUAUGAUGAAAACAUUUUUCAUUAUACAUCAUUAAAUUUACAAUAUUGGCUACUACUUAUACGAGCUGUACAAAAUGGACGUUGUGGACCAGAUAUAUGGCAAUAUACAGCUAAAGAUGGACAAAAGAUUAGUAGAGCUACUAUGGAACAUUUAAAGCUAUAUGCUAAUAAGAUGCAUGAUAUAUCUUUAAUACAUAUAGCAAAGACUGCUUAUAUGAUUAACAAAUCCAAAAGAUGCACAUGGAAAGAACCAAAAGAGGAAAUUGAAUACUUUCAAAAUUUAACCAAUAUCGAUAUUGAUAACAUGAAUGUUAUUUUUGGAAAUCGGUCAGAUGAUAAAGAAUUAAAUACAAGGAUUGGGUUAGGGAAUGAAGCAAGGCGAAGAGGUUUACCACCUUUUUGGAUGCUUGGUGUUGCAUGA